GUUUGUUUUGUUAGGGAAUUUAUCUGAUUUUUGUUCCCUUCUCAGGAGAUGUAUACUCAGGCUGGGCCUCAGUUUCGUGAUGAACUUCAGCGUCAUCAUCUUCCCACAUCACUGUUAAGAGAUAUUAAUGCCAGGCUAGAGAGAAUUGAGCCAAAAGUUCACUCAUCAGAUGGACUUACAAAUAAUUAUUCUGCUGUUGAGAUGAAGCCUGCUAACCUUAAUCCCAAAAGGAGCAGUCCAAAAGCCAAGAAUUCUACUCGGGAGGUGUCUCUGUUUGGAGGAGAUAGUGAUGUCACAAAAAACCAGUAGACCCGAUUAAAGUUUACUCUGAGAGAUAUGCAGUUGUUCCUGAUGACAACGUAAGUGUUCUUUCCACAGUUUUCAUUGUCUUCAUUACUGGUGUUUAAAUAGUUGGUUUCUCCAAAAGAUUAUAAUUUGCAACUGUUAUCUAUUUAUUUGUAGGUCAAAAGGAUAAAUUUUGACGAGGGGAAGAUCUGAUUCUAGAAGUAAGGAAUUUGCAGCUUGAUUUUUGAAAUAGGCUCAAAAUUGAGAUCUUGUUGGAAAUUUUUUAUUUUUUUAUUUUUUGUAAGAGCAUUUAAAUAUCCAAUGUGCUGAUUGGUGAAUUUUAGAUUUUAUUUUAUUAUUUUAUUUUUUUUAGGAUU